AUGUCUGCUUUUGGACUAAGUAACUUCAUGAAUGAUUUAAUAUGUAAAUUUAUCAUCUACCUUCAUCGAGUGGCCCGAGGCCUUUCUCUUUCUACCACCUGCCUCUUGAGUAGUGUACAGGCCAUCACCAUCAGUUCAGGGAGGUCUACAAAGGGGCAGCUCAAAACCCAAGUCCCAAAGUACAUUUUCCCCUCCAUUCUUCUCUCCUGGAUUUUCCAUCUCUUAAGCAAUUAUGCUCUUCUUGGGUAUAUAAGCAUCCCAAAGAUCAGCAAAAAUUUCACUGAGAUCAUAGAUUUGGUUAUUUGUUCUUCUGUAUUUGUAACCUCAGUUAGCGUCGUACUAUAUCUGUUCAUAAUCUCUCUUUUUGAUGCUGUUUGUGUGGCAAUCAUGCUCUGGACAGGUGGAUAUAUGAUAUUUUUCCUAUACAGACAUCACCAACAGAUCAGGUACAUUCACAGAAGCAAGCUCACUUCUGGAGAUACUCCUAAGAUAAGAGCCACUCGAACCAUUGUGCUGCUGGUCAGCUUCUUUUUCGGCUUUUAUUCUUUAAAUUCUAUCUUUGCAUGGCAAAUGUUUCAUAAAAAUCGAUUACGCUGGUUGCCAAAUUAUUCUGCCUUCCUGGCUGCCUGCUUUCCAGCUUUGAGCCCUUUUGUGGUGAUCAUCAAUGAUUCCCAAAUUUCUACAUAUUUCUUCACCCUCUGGAGGAUGAUAAAGCCCCAAUCCUGA